AUGUAUCUUUCCCAUGAGCUCACCACCUUUAAACUUCAAGACUAUGUUAGCCAGCCACAAGUACAACUUGAAUUGCCUUUUGAGAAAGAACAAGAUGAAGACAUCUGCAGUUGGUUCCAAAACAUCAAAACAAAUGGAAAUGUUGAAUUAAUGUUAAAUCAAUUUGAAACUAUUGCAAAUGCUUUGGACUUCUUAAAUUACAUUGAAUGUUCGAAUCUUGCGAAAAAAGUCACGACUGUUAUUUUCAGCAUUGAGGAAUGCAUCGAAUCUAUCAGUCAAUCUGAAUUAAACAUUUUGGGAAACAAGUUUAGCUCAAAGUCAUUAAUUUUCAUAAUUCUAAGCAAAAAAUGUAAAAGUCCAAUAAUUUUUUGGAAGUCUGAUGCCAUCGGAUACUUUUUAUCCUUAAAAGGCUUCAGUAGUGCAGCAUGUUGGAAUGACAAAAAAAUUUAUGAAUUUGUUGGAGAUUUUUUAAUAAAAUCACUUGAAGCUGGACAUUUAGGAAUCUUCAAAUUUAUAUCAGCACAUCAGGACAUAAAAAUCAUAGAGCUUCAUUUUCUAGCUGACAAUCGUGACUACAACUUAUUACUAAUUGCUGCUGAGGCAGGAGACAUCCAGUUGUGCGAGAUUCUUUUAAAAUUAGGUAUCAAUACAAAUUCAACAUCUAAGGACAUCAAUGCACAGUCAUUAGCUUACAAAAAUGGACAUUUUGAUGUUCUUUUAAUGUUUCUGGAGAGUAAUUUAAGAUACCCAUCCACAAUAGACAUCAAUAGUUGCUCUAGUGACAUAAUACAGUUCCAUAGAGUAGCUACUAGCCUACAUGCUGCGAUAAAAAAUAAUAAUGAAGACAAAGUAGUUGAAAUUAUUGCUCAAAAUCCACAUCAACGUCACUUUUACAAUUCAAAAAAUCAAUCAGCACCAACAAUUGCCUUGAUCAAUAAGCAAACAGACAUGUACAAGCUACUAAUCGCUCACAAUAUUCAUUUUGGUCCACAUGAGAACACUGACGCAAUUAUGAAGAACUUUGAGUACCACGAGCGUCGUGACUUGCGAGAAUUUCACAAUCAACAUGCUAAAGAUUUACCAGAGAAGCAUUUGAAUGCCUUGAUGACAAGUUCUGUAGUUGCACAUGAUGCAACUGAUGUAAAUCGAAAGCCUGACUUAGUCAUGGGAGCUUUCAAGCUUCUCAAUGAAAUUUUACUAAUCAGAGUCAUCCUCAAAGUCGUCGCAGCAUCCAAAAAGCUUCAAAUGAUUUUCGACUUCAAUCGCGAGUCUGUUGAGGUUGCCGAUCCAACAGUUGACUCAAAUACAUUCGGAUUAUUCUACUUAACUGGAAGAAUUUACAUCGGUGCUGUUCGUCUACUCAAUAAUGCAACCAAAUGUGAAACUCUUGGAACUAUGGCUCAUGAACUUUGUCACUAUGCAAUGCACUUGACUUUUGAAAAUGACGCGAAUCCUUACCGGAAAGAUGAUGUGGAAGCUAAAGCUGAAUUUCAAAAAAUAUCUCAACAUUGUGAAGAGAACUGCAAAGCCAAUGGAAUCAUUAAAGCUGUCUAUGAUGAAUAUCCUGACGAAGCACAUCAUGCUGAGCUGAUUGUUCGUGUUCCUCAUAUUUUGGCAUUUUAUUCCGACGAUCCUGAAGAAAUUGAAAAAUGUCAGCAAACUUUCAAGCCACUUUUUGAUUUUUAUGAGCAUAAAGUCGUUCCGGAGAUGGAAAAGGCACUGCCAGACAUUGAAGCAAGAGUUGACCGAGAAAUUGAGCAAAAGGAUAAGAAAAUUACGACUUUGGUGAAGAUUAUUGUAAUUUUAAUUGUUUCGUCGUUAGUUGCUGGUGGACUUUUGGUUCUGAUACUUUAUAAACCAGAGAUUAAGUUUGAUGAAUUGUCAAAUGCAAAGCAGGAGAUUGUAAGGUCUUCAAUUGUGAAUUAUAAAGGUGUUGAGGUUAAGUUGUGUGACUUGUUCCUUGAUAAUUCAACAGUUUAUAGAAAGUUAAGUUCUGAUCAUCUACGGACCUUGUUGGGUGACGAAAUUUUAGACCUAAAUGACCCACUUUUGAGAUUCACGGACCAACUUAUCACUCAUAAAUGGACAAACCUUUCAAAACCAUUAAGACAAAAGUUUUUAAAUUCGAAUUUUAUUUUUCAAAAUCAAAGUUUAAAAUUUAUUGACUUUUACAAUUCAAUUCCUGAAGCAUUUGAUCAGCUGACUUCCGAUCAAAUUCAUAAAGUUCUUGAUGGUUCUGAUUUGGUCAUUGGAACUCUACACAAGCCUGCUGUAGACAAUUAUAUUGAAAGGAAAUUUUCUAUCCAAAAUGUUGAAGGAACUAAAAAUUUAACUGAAAUUAUAAAUCAAAGUGAAAAUUCUAAAAUGUUGAUUUUGUCAGCUGUAGCUGGUGCUGGAAAAACUGUGACUUUUGAAUAUAUGACAGUUGAGAUUAAGGAACGGUUUCCAAGUCGAUGGGUGUCUUAUGUAGACCUUAAGAAGCAUACAAACUUUUACAAAACCUCAAAUUCUAUAAAUCCAAAAGAAUUGCUGUCAAAAAUCUUAAAUUUAAACCAAAAAUCUGAUUUUGAAAGGGAAAUUUUUGAAAAAUCUUUUGAAUCUGGAAAUUUAAAUCUUUUGUGGAAUGGUUUUGAUGAAAUUUCGCCAACUUAUUCCACAUUUAUCAUCGAUAUCAUUAAAAAUAUCAAAAGAAAUACAAAAAACAUUCAAUAUAUAAGCACAAGACCAUCAUAUGCUCACGAUUUGUCGUCAAAUUUAACUAUUAAUCCACACUUGUUGAUUCCGCUCAAGAAAAAUGAACAGCAAAAAUUUCUCGUUGACUUUUUCAAAUCACAAAGUCAAAAUGAUUCAACUAUUAAUCAAAAUAUUGAAAAAGUUCAAAGAAUAUUGAAGGAUAUUAACAUUGGAGGUUCUAGAGACUUUAAAACUCCUUUAAUGUUGAGAAUGGUUGCUGAGAUUCAAGACGAUCCAAAGCUCAUCAAUUCCACAAACUUAUAUCAAGUUUAUGAAUUGUUUAUAAUCAAAAAGAAUCAAAUUUGGUUCGAUAAAGGUGAGCUAGCUAAAACUGCAAGCACAGACUUAUUUUUAACCGAGUCUACAGUCAACAUAGCUGAAAUUCAUCAAAAAUUUGCAUUACUUCAAGAAAAGUCAAUUUUUGAAAGUUUAAUUCUAAAACUUAUGAACUUGAAAAUUCUUAAAAUAACGGAAACAUUGGAACAGCCGCUGUUUCCCGAAAUCACUCGAAUUGGAAUUUUACAUAUUGAAAAUGAAAAUAAGUUUGAAUUUUCACACCGAACCUUUGCUGAAUUCUUCAUAGCUCAAUACUUAAUUAAGAAUGUUUAUUCAUCUUCUGAUGAUGACGUAAGUCAGUCGGAAGUUGAGUUGAGAUUGACAUUAUUCUACAAAAUAAUCUCAAACUAUGAUUCAAAGUUGAUUAUUAAUCUUAUGCAUAGUCACGUAAAGUCACAGAAUCAAAAACAAAGAGCCUUUUCAGAACCAAUUUCUGAAGUUUUAAGAACGAAAUUUAAAGAUUUUAUUUUCAAUUCCUUGAAACUUUUUGAUAAUCAACUGAAUUUUUUGCUAGACUUUUUCAAAAAGGAUCACGAAAUCUUGACAGAACUGCUUCAAAUCAAUGACAAAGAGACAUUGUACACUAGAACAUUCGAUCCAAAUGAACACAUUUCUUGUAAAGAAUCGCAAAAUGUCAAAGAAAUGUCACGAAAAUAUUUGUCAGAAGUAGAAUUUAAUAAGCUUGUGACUGGAGUUGAUCAAAAGGGAAAGAUUCUUAUGGGAACAAAGGUUUGUGAAAUGAUGAAUGAGAUGGAACAAAGGAGAAAGACUAAGGAAGUAGAAAAUGAUUAUUAUGAAGACUAUGACUAUGAAAAUGAAAGCACAGAAGACGAGAAAACAAGUGAAGACAAUCCAAACUCAACUGAAGACAAUCCAAACUCAACUAAAGACAAUCCAAACUCAACUAAAGACAAUCCAAACUCAACUGAAGACAAUCCAAACUCAACUAAAGACAAUCCAAACUCAACUGAAGACAAUCCAAACUCAACUAAAGACAAUCCAAACUCAACUAAAGACAAUCCAAACUCAACUAAAGACAAUCCAAACUCAACUAAAGACAAUCCAAACUCAACUAAAGACAAUCCAAACUCAACUAAAGACAAUCCAAACUCAACUAAAGACAAUCCAAACUCAACUAAAGACAAUCCAAAUUCAACUAAAGACAAUCCAAACUCAACUAAAGACUAUCCAAACUCAACUGAAGACAAUCCAAAUUCAACUAAAGACUACAUCGAAGAUAAUGAACAUGAAGCAGACCAAGAAGCUUCAGUAACUAGCUCAGAAGAUGAUGAACCUCAAGAAUACGAAGAAGAUACUUCAGAAUCAGAAGAUGAUUAUGAAGGAUCAGGAGAAGUCAACGAGGAGACAACCGAUGUUUCAGAUGAAGAUUCCGAUGACAAUUCAGGAAGUGGCAAUGACAGCACAACUCAAGCAUAUGAUCCUUUUGACUACACAACCAAUGAAGCUUACCAAAAAAGCAUUGAAAAUAAAGACAAGAAUUCCUUUUGGAUGUUUAUUGACAAUCUUAAGCAAAAUUUAACACAAAAUGAAGUUAAGGAGCUGCUUUUUGGAUUGACAAGUCCAAACUUUUUCGGAUUUACUUACGAAUUUUCACAAUAUUUUGACUUGAAUGAAUUUGUGAAUGUUUGGAAGGAAAUUGAAGUUUUAAAUUUAACUAAAGUUGAAAAGAAGAAUUUAUUCUCAAAAUCGAUACUUAAUGCAGCUAAAUGUAUCAUAUCUGGUGGACCACAUUUGAAUUAUUACAUCGACUGUGGCUUUAUCUUUAGAGUCAUUGCCAAAUUUGCGACAAAAUUAUUGACAAAUUCUGAAAUUUAUGAAAUUUUCUAUAAUGGAAAUAUUUUUCAUAAAGUUGUCAAGCUUGGCAAUUAUUACAGCGCUUCAGCUUUUAAUACACUUUUUGAGUUUUUUCAAUCUGUUACAAAUUCAGAGCAGCAAAAACAAAUCUAUGAAAAAUUUGAUGACGGUGAUGAUGGAUUUUCUCAAGAUGGACUGCCGCCGCUUAGAAUAUUACAUCUAAAACUGUUAAGUAUGAGAGAUCAAGGCGAUCCAAGUGAUUAUUUCUCUUUAACACCUAAAGAUGAUGUACAAAAAUAUUUUAGUGAAGUGCCACAAUUUUUGAUUCACUUAAUUAAUAAGUAUGUAAUUUGCUUCAAAGUUGCGAGAUUCUUGGGAAUCAUAUUUGAUGGAGAUGAAGUUAAGCUGCAAAAUAUUUUAAGACAGAAAAUCAGGCCUAAAAAAAUAUCAAUUUUCGAAUACUUUGAUGGCAAUGCCGAACAUUCCUCAUGUCUGAGCUUUUUUUCGGAUCUUUUGAAGAAGAUUGAACUAAAAAUUAAUACUUAGCAUUCCCUCACGCUAUCCUAUCCCAUACCCUAUCCCAUACCCUAUCUCAUACCCUAUCCCAUACCCUAUCCCAUACCCUAUCCCAUACCCUAUCCCAUACCCUAUCCCAUACCCUAUCCCAUACCCUAUCCCAUACCCUAUCCCAUACCCUAUCCCAUACCCUAUCCCAUACCCUAUCCCAUACCCUAUCCCAUACCCUAUCCCAUACCCUAUCCCAUACCCUAUCCCAUACCCUAUCCCAUACCCUAUCCCAUACCCUAUCCCAUACCCUAUCCCAUACCCUAUCCCAUACCCUAUCCCAUACCCUAUCCCAUACCCUAUCCCAUACCCUAUCCCAUACCCAAUCCCAUACCCUAUCCCAUACCCUAUCCCAUACCCUAUCCCAUACCCUAUCCCAUACCCUAUCCCAUACCCUAUCCCAUACCCUAUCCCAUACCCUAUCCCAUACCCUAUCCCAUACCCUAUCCCAUACCCUAUCCCAUGCCCUAUCCCAUACCCUAUCCCAUACCCUAUCCUACACCAUAUUCCAUACUCUUUCUCCCCUCUCCUCUCUACCCACUCAAUACUGUUCCUUAUUCCCUUCCAUCACAACUUAAUGUUCAACCAAAAACUUCCCAGACAGUAAAAUCUCAUUAACUCAAUACCUUGUCGUUAUUUACAUUUACCGAACUGUAAAGCUCCUUCCCAUCGAUCCACAUAAAUAUUUCAACCUACAACAAAAUAUAUUUUGCAUAUCAAUUUCGCAUCAAAAACCUGUGUAAUGCGAUUAUCGCAAGCAUUUCAUGUUCGACAAGCUUCUGUGUGUGUCGUUAUUUUGUUGUUCUCGGAACUGAGUUACAUGAGAAAAUCCGAUCAAAGUCCACAAAUGAGAUUCUUAGUGUUGGAAGCGGCUUUGUUAUUGGGGGUUUGAGUUGCUGAAUAUACAACAGCUUGUGAUGAUGUUUUGCUUUUAUUUUACAUUUAUUUAUUUGUGUAUAAAAGGAUGAACAAUCAAUCUGGUUGAUGAGAUUUUUGGAUAGAAGAGGUUUUUAGGGUGAUUUUGUGUUGAAUUGUGUUGAAAUCUCGGAAGCCAAGAUGUAACCAGAUAACACGAAACAGAUGCGUAGCCAGGAAGGGAUUGUAAACCACGAUCGAGAUCAUGCGUUUUGUGGCUUAUCCCGAUGCUUUCUGUGACACACAGUUUGGACAACACUGGUCUACAUUAUAGCUCUAAUAAGCCUUGACAGAAACCGCUCACGGCACAAGGCUUGUGGGAUUUUGCAACUUUUUUGAUGGCACAUUAGUGUGCCGCGGCAUAUGGGUUGUCACCUAACAUUUUAGCUCUAGUCUGUAAAGUAUGGCUAGCUAGUUUAGGAUAGACUUGCGAAUGGUAAAGCUUAGAAGUGGUUUUGAUGUGGUGUGGCUUGGCGGAAGCUAGAUGGGUUCAAGAGCUAUAGAUGAUGCUAGAACUAGGGUCAAGUCAAAAAGAAUUUUAUCGAAUCAAGUAAAGGUGUCUUAAAAAGGUUGAAGCAUCGAGAGGGCACAGCUUUUUGAGCUGGAGGUGCUGCGAUUUGAAUUAAAGUGGAAUCUGUACCAAACACAAAGGUAUCCUAGGUAGCUGAAGAAUCCUGGCUCUGGUAUAGAGUUUGAUAAAUUUGGGUGGGUUCAAGUAGGUUUUGCUAAGCUUGAGGAGGUUUUAUCAAGUCUAUGGUAUGACUUGGCUAUGAUAAGGAACAUUAGGGUGAGCAAGGGUAUCUUAUAGCUCACUGUAGAUUUACAAUAUGUCUGAAAAUACAGUCCUAAACCUUGAUAUAAACCUUAAUAAUUUUAAAUUGCAUAUUUUUAAUAAAAUACGAUUAAAAUCAAAUUGACAUUCAGAACUCACGACAACUGUAAAGUCAACAAUUAGAACCAAAAGUCAACAGAACUAAAAAUCUGAAAUUCUGACAAAAUGCCUGACAAGGAAUUCAUCAACAUACUGUAAAAUUCUUUACAAAAUGCUUCAUUUCGAUGCAAAACUAUGCAAAUUAGAGCAGCAAAAUUGAGAGAUUAUUUGGAAUUUACUGAUUUUACUGAUGGUUCCAUAAGCCUUUUUUGGGGGGUCAUGUUACUUGAAGUAUUAUUUUGUAGAUUUGUUGUUGAUGAGUGUAACAUGCGUAGUGUUUUGGUGAAAGAUGAUGAAAUAAAAAAAAUGUUUUUAAGGGGGAAAACAACAUGAUGGGAACCAUUAUUAUGGAUCUGAAGGGCCGUUCAUUGAUUACAUAACGCUUUUAAGGGGAAGAGGGGGAAGUUCGUGUUAUGUAAUAAGUGAACGGCAACUUUUGCAUCUUAACAGGAAAUUGGUGAAAUAUUUUAUUAAAAUGUUUCUCAUCAUGUUGUAUUCCCC